CUCCCCGCAUCUUCUUCUUCUUCGUCGUCGGCGUCUGCGGCGGCCUGUGCGCGAUUCUUGUUUUUUUUUUUUUUUUCUCCCUCUCUGUCGUUGUUGCGCUGCAGACGACAAGAACGCACCAAGACGAUCAUCUCAAGGUCUUCCUCGUUCGAUUUCUUCGCCGUUCUUUCAUUUGCAUUUCCGUAUGCAUGCACGGAAGGGGGGCUGUUGUUGCGCAAGAUGGAGGAAUGACGAUGAUGAUGAUGAGAGAUGGAAGGAUGAAGGCAGGUGCAUGGAAAAUGGACGCCGCACAAAGGAGGAAAAGAAACGAAAGGAUGAGCCAGGAGAGAAAGAUUCUUCCACCAUUUGUUUAUGAGAUGAUAUUCUAUGACGGGAGGGAAGUCUUUGUGUCUAAAAAGCCUUUUUCAGUCUAACCUCGUGCAUGACCUUUGCGGCUUCCUCAGGGGUGUGACGAUGACGAUGAUGAUGGUGGUGGGGGCGCCCCCCUCUUCUCCGGCGUGAUCAUGGCCAACGCGGUGGCGUCCUACGAGCAGCUGGCCCACCAGGUGGCGGCGCUGCGCAAGGAAAACUCCCACCUGAGGAGGGAGCUAGAGGACAACUCCAACCACCUUUGCAAGCUGGAGAACGAGACCUUCGGCAUGAAGGAAGUGUUGAAGCAGCUGCAGUGUAAACUGGAACAGGAGGCCGGGACUUUGGCGUCGUCGGGACGCAGCGACGUCCUCCACCAACUCCAAGAGCUGCACGUGGAUCUGACCAACUACUACGAGCUGAAGCAUCAAGGUCGCCAAGGUCAUCCCUCGCGUCCGACGGCGGCCAAUCAGGGAGGUCCGACGGAGCCGCCCUCGGCCUCCCGCCCCCCCGCCUCCUCCUCUUCGGCCGGCGCCGUCUUGUCGCCGCAUCACUUCCUGGACGGGGCCCCGCCCAAAACGGCCGUCGUCACCGGGGCGGACGGACGCCUGGGCGACCAUCACGUGGACGAACUCUACAAGGAAAGAAACCAACUUUUGGGUGAAAUUGACCGCGAGGAGCGAGAGCGCUGUUGGUACUUCAGCCAGCUGGAGGCGCUGUCGCAGAAGCUCACACGGCUGCCUCGCAUCGACACGUUUUCGCUGCAGAUGGACUUCAUCCGCCAGCAGCUGGAGUUCGAAGUUCAGCAGGUGCGCUCAGUCAUGGAGGAACGCUUCGGGAGCAGCGAGGAGAUGAUACGCCGCACGCAGUUUGCGCAUUUGUUGCAGAUGCGUGUUGCUCGUUUGGAGCACCUGGAGAAAGAACUGCAGGAGACCCAAGGGAGUCAAGAGAGCCAACUGCAGCUGCUGGGCGCAGAGAGGCCUCCUGCCGGCGAGGCAGAAAGCAACGCGUCAGCCGGCACGGACGGGGCAGCGGACGGAGGCAGCAAGGUGGAGAUGGUCUUCUGGCUGCUGUCCAUGCUGGCCAGCAGAGAUAAGGAGGAGAUGUCUCGCACCCUGCUGGCUCUCUCCAGCUCCCAGGACAGCUGCAUCGCCAUGAGGAAGUCCGGCUGCGUGCCCCUGCUGGUCCAGAUCCUCCACGAAGAAGCCGGCGGGCCCGGGGAGGCGUGCUGCAGCCGGGAGGCCAAGUCCCGAGCCAGCGCCGCCCUGCACAACGUCAUUUACUCCCAGCAGGACGAGGGCCAGGCCCGCCGAGAAAUGAGAGUGCUGCACAUGCUGGAACAGGUUCGGACUUACUGCGACAGCGGCUGGGACUGGAUGGAGAGCCACAGCGAGACAAUCAGAACCACCGAUAUUCCAGAACCUGUCGACCCUCAGAUCUGUCAGGCCAUGUGCGCCAUCAUGAAACUUUCCUUUGAAGAAGAGUUCCGCCGCGCGAUGAAUGAAUUAGGUUGGUGGAACGCCCCACAAAAAAAAAAAGUUCAGAAUAAUCUGGAUCAGCUGCUGAGAGUCUCUCCUUGCCCCCCCCCCCCAGGUGGUCUGCAGGUGGUGGCAGAUCUGAUCCACUUGGACAAGGAAAUGUACGGCAUGCAGAAUGACCCUAUCAACAUGGCGCUACGGCGCUACGCCGGGAUGGCCUUGACCAACCUCACCUUUGGAGAUGUGGUCAAUAAGGCCACUCUGUGCUCGAAGAAGAGUUGCCUGCAGGCUCUGGUGGCCCAGUUGGGUUCAGACAGCGAGGAGCUCCACCAGGUGGUCUCCAGCAUUCUCAGAAACUUGUCUUGGCGGGCCGACAUCAACAGUAAGCGAGUCUUGAGGGACAUCGGCUGUGUGUCUGCCCUGAUGACGUGCGCCCUGCAGGCGACCAAGGAGUCUACCUUGAAGAGUCUCCUGAGUGCACUGUGGAAUCUCUCAGCUCACAGCUUGGACAACAAGGAGGCAGUCUGUGCGGUAGAUGGCGCACUGGGCUUCCUGGUUAGCACGCUGACCUACCGGUGUCAGACAAACUCGCUCGCCAUCAUCGAGAGCGGCGGCGGGAUCCUGAGAAACGUGUCCAGUCUGGUGGCCUCACGGGAAGACUACAGGCAAGUUUUGCGGGACCACAACUGCCUCCAGACUCUGCUGCAGCACCUGCGGUCGUACAGCUUGACCAUCGUCAGCAACGCUUGCGGAACACUUUGGAACCUCUCGUCCCGAAGCCCCAAAGACCAGGAGCUGCUUUGGGAUUUGGACGCAGUGAGCAUGCUACGCAAUCUCAUCCACUCCAAACACAAGAUGAUCGCCAUGGGCAGCGCUGCAGCUCUCAGGAACCUUCUGACCAACCGUCCCCCCAGGUACAAGGGUGCCUCCGUGCUUUCUCCGGGCUCAUGUGUGCCUUCUCUCUACAUGAGGAAGCAGAGGGCAUUGGAGGCCGAGCUGGAUGCCAAACACCUGGCUGAGACUUUUGAGACGCUCGACAGGCAGAGUCCCAAGCACUUGACCUUCAACAAGCAGCUGCGCCACAUUGAAAGUUUGGCCAAAGAUUACGCGUCCGACUCCGGCUGUUUUGACGACGAAGAGGCCCCCAAUGUCUCCUGCGGUCUGGACACUGGAAGUUUCUCCAUGCUCUCCGUGUAUCUCAACAACUCCAACUUCCUCCAAAACCGUAAGCAGGAGAGCGAGCCGGAGCGGGAUGCGGACCCGCCUCAGAUGGACCGCGGACAACCGCCAUCUGAUGACAUUGUGUCCACCGCUGCGGAGAAUCUGGCACAGAAGAUCACCAGCACAGUCGCUAAAAUUGACAGAUUAGUGGAGGACAUCACAAUGCACACGUCCUCGGAGGACAGCUUUAGCCUCAGCUCCGAAGACCACCUGGCAGACUGGCCUUACGGACUGAACGAGCUCAACGAGAGCCGCGCUAAAUCGUGCUCGCCCUGCCGUCUCUCCGACGCAAGUAGCUUGGCCCAUCGAGAACGUCUCAACAGGGCGCACGUUUUACUGCGCCUUAAAAGUGCUCACACAAGCGUAUCUACUGACAGCUUGAACAGCGGCAGCACCAGCGACGGUUACUGCGGCAGCAAAGACAAAGUCGGAGCUGCCCCCAAAGCCCACGCCCUCCAUAAGCGACCCAACCGGUUGGACCUGAAGGUGGCCCACCAAGAGUACCACAGUGUGCAACCUGUUCUCUCGCGCCGGACCAGCCAGCAAGAUAUUCCCGAAAGAGAUUCUGUGGAUAACAAAAACAAUAUAGUUCUAGAGCUCCUUGACUCGGAUGCAGAGAAGAACCAGCACCCGCCGGUGCAAACACCUGCGAGUGUGUCCACUAAAGUCUCCUCUGACGUCAGCAUGGCCUCCAUCAAACUUUCUCCUUCGUAUCAGCAGGUUCCACUCAUUCAGAGCGUGACCAAGUUUGGCGUCGCAAAGACGUCGAUCAACGUUCAGGCUGCCGAAGCCAUGAGGAGGCAAGCCUGGUUGCCCACGGCUAUGACCGCCGGCAGCAUUACCAAGUUUUCUCCGAUGGCGUCCAGCAGAAGCCCAACCAUCGGCACCAUGGAGACAAUCCAGAAGUAUUCCGUGGAGAACACGCCCAUAUGCUUCUCUCGGUGCAGCUCUUUGUCCUCGCUCUCUUCUGGGGAUGGAGCACUGGAUGGACAAAGUGACAACGAGCUGGAGAGUGACUCUUCCCUUGAAAUUAUUGAAGUGGAGGAUGGAAAAGCGGUCCAGAGGGCUGAGGAGGAUGAGACUUUGGAGGAUCUGAGUGACAGCCAGGAGCUCAGGACCGACUCCAAAACCUUCUUCCCAAGCAAAGAGACCGAUCCCAUUGAAAUUCCGUGUCCCGCCAAAAGGGACAAGGUCUUCCUCAGGGGAUCCACACCGACAGCGCUCGAAGACAGGUCACCGUCCAGCUCUUCUGAGAACUACAUCCACGAAACUCCUCUGGUCCUCAGUCGCUGUAGUUCAGUCAGUUCUCUCGGCAGUUUCGAGUCUCCAUCCAUUGCGAGCUCCAUCCAAAGCGAUCCUUGCAGCGAGAUGAUAGACGGAACAAUCAGCCCGAGCGAUCUUCCGGACAGCCCCGGACAAACCGUGCCUCCCAGUCGGAGCAAGACUCCGUGUUGCGUGGAGUCCAAUGGAGCAGAAGCACAGGCGGCGGGUUUGGCGGGUCAGUGGGAAAACAGUCUGCAGAAGUUAAUGGAAGUCAGCGACUCCAAAGACAGAUUUAAACUUCCUCCUGACAUGGACACAAUGAUCUACUUCACCGUGGAAAAGCCCAUAGAGAAUUUCUCGUGCGCGUCGAGCCUGAGCGCUUUGCCUCUUCAUGAGCAUUACGUCCAGAAGGACGUGGAGCUGAAACUGACCCCGCUUCUGCAGCAAAGCGACAAGAACCUGGCUGUCCGUGACGAGAAUGAGCCGGGGCUCGACCGCGGCGAGCGAUCCAGCGAAGGCAACUCUGACGACGACAUAGAGAUCUUGAAGGAAUGUAUCAAUUCAGCCAUGCCGUCGAAAUUCAGGAAGGUCAGACCUUCCGUGAUGACCAGCAUUCCUUCUCACUUUCUCAGUUCCCAAAAAGCUUUGAAUCUUCCCAUCUACAUGAUGCUCCCAAAUGGAAAAACCCAGCUUUAUCCUGGGAGGAGAAUCGUCAUCCCGCAGAAGGACGCCAAGUUUGACGAGUCGUCCGUCACUGACUCGGUCGACUUCUCCGGCGCAACUUCACUGAGUGACGAAACCCUUCGGUACCCGGUCAAGGACCGCCCGACUCGGCCCCUCUCCAAGCAAGGAAUACUCGAUGAGGAGGCGAAGAGAAUCGAAGAUUUGAGGAUCUUCUCCCACUUCCACAAAGCCAACAAGGCGAACUACGCGUCCACGGCGCCCGCGGGUCGCACGAGCAAACACGUCGUUCCCACUCAAAAGGUUCUGAUGCAGAGCAAGGAAGUGGCAGACAGAGUUGCCAGCCAGAGGAAUCGUGAGGAUUCUCCCAGCCUUCAGAAAAAGAUGACAUGCCAGGCUGCCGCUGGGAGGCUGCAAUUGCCCGUCAUAAAGGACAAGGCGGGAAGCAGCGCUCAUCAAAAGAAAAUCACCGCACGGACGGCAGCGCGUUCCACGGAGGAGCCCAAAAGUGUGUACGAGGACGAAGGCAGAUACCAGGUGAGGGAAGCAAGCAGUAAUACGCUGUCAAAAAGCAUGACCAACAUCAGCAGGACUUCGACUUCCCAAGCAAAGCCCAGAGGCUUUCACGUGAUAAAGCAGAACCUGAUCAAGGACUGUUACUCACUCAGCUCCUCACUGAGUUCCCUGAGCGACGCGGACUUUGAGGAUCACAGAGCCAAAGCUCAGCAAAUUUGGUGCAAGAACAACCACAACAAAAGCCUGAAUGUGAUCCAGCAAGCCAAAUCCUUGACCGCCCGCGGCCAGUUUGACGAGCGGAGCUCGCCGAGUUCUGUCAGCAUGGACUCAGAGGACGACCUCCUUCAAAAGUGCAUCACUUCUGCAAUGCCCAAGCAGAGACGCAAGAUGGCCACCAGGAAGAAGAAAGCAGAGGGCACCCCAAAACAAGCACAUGUGGCCCCAGACGUCUGGAACCUGGAUGAGGACAGCGAUGACCUGGCCUGGGAGGAAGACUCAGACCUUAACAGUGUGGAAUGGAGGGCCAUUCAAGAAGGGGCUAAUUCUGUUGUGACCGGACUUCAGGCAUCGAAAUCACAAGAACCCUCCUCUGAAGAAAGCGAGUCCGUCUUGUCGUUCAUGUCGACAUCCAGCUUUACCCCGAAAGAAAAGAAAUUUGCAAAAGACAAAAAGGCCAACAAACCUCUGGACUUUGCACAGCGCAAGCCAGUGGCCAACCUGCCAGUGGUUUUCAGAGGCAGAACCGUCAUCUACACGCCCAUAAAAGAGACAGCCCCCUCGCAAAUACCUCCACCCAGGAAAGUGUCCACCAAGGGAGAUACGCCAAAGAACCCGGCGCUUGCUCAGCACAGAUCAAAGAGCCUUCACCGAUUAGGAAGACCUCAGGACACGGAGCUGUCUUUGCCAAAAAGGAGUUCGACUCCACCUCCGAGGAUACCAAAGAGUUCUUCCUCCGGAUCGUCACAAAGUUCUACACCCUCUAAGCAUUCGCAGAAGAAGCCGAUAUCGUCAACUCAGACAACGAGCAGGUCCACGCAGAAAAAGACCGGCACACCGGCAGGUACCCCAAUAGCUGGCAGUCCCCCUGAGAGAAAGGGACGCUCUCCCGUUGUCGACAAAAAUGAAAAAUCACCACCGCCGAAAACCCAGAAGUCGCCCGUCAGAAUCCCUUUUAUGCAGAAUUCUGUGAGGCCGGCCAGGCCUCUCUCACCUCUGGUCACCAACCAGGCUACAGGUAGACAAAAUCAGAUCGGCGGGAAACACGUCCAUCCCGCUAACCGAUGUGACUCGGUCAGAAUGACUUCGGCCCAUUCCAGUAAUGGUGGCGAGGCAGACUCAAACGGAUUCUUGAGACAGCUGACAUUCAUCAAGGAAUCAAGGAAUGGACUAAAACGCGACUCCACUCCACAAGUCCGCAUGCCCCGAUCCCGGAACGGUUCGCCCCAUCGUGCGGUUCCAGGGGCUUCAGCAGUCUUCCUUUGUUCAUCCCGCUGCCAAGAGCUCAAGGUGGCGACCCAAUUACCCAGGAAGAUGCCAGGAAAAAGUGUAGGUCGCCCACAAAAAGUCCAGAGACCCCAACCGGGACUUCAGCAACAGGCGUCAAACACCACCGGCGUGAAAUCCAGAGAGCGGAACCUGCCCGGAAGACGUCCACCCAGGAGAACCAGCUCCGAGAGCCCCAACAGGGCAGCUCAACGAAAUGCACCGGGCAGCGUUUGGGGAGCGAGACGACAGCAGGACGAAGAAACCUUUAAACGGCACGCUUCGUCUCCGAGUAUAAACAUCCUAAGCCGAGUGACCAGCCGCUCUUCCCUCCGCUCGUCGUCCUCCGAUUCAAGCGGACGGGCCAAAAGUGAGGACGAUACGAGGAAGAAAAGUCAUCGGUCUCGUCUGAACGACGGCGUCAACUGGAGGAGGAUCAGGGAUGAAGACGUACCUCAGACUUUAAAAAGCGUUCUGCCGGCUAACGCGUUACCUCGGGCGCCUUCGCCCCACGGGGGGAGAGCACCGCCGGGUCUUCCGGGGAAGCUGCCGACCAUUCUUCUGGCCUCGCGCAGUGUGAGUGACGCUACGGUUCAGACGGAAGACUUCUCCAACACCAAGAUCAACUCCAGCACUUCUCCCACUGCGGAGUCGACGGCGGAAAUGCCGGAAGCUGCGGGGGGGCGAGCGCUACUCAGGAAGUUUAGCGGCAACGCCGGGGGAAGCUCUCGAGACGGAGACUUGGAUGGCACCGUCGCAAAAGGACAACCGGACGGAGCUGUGCUUUUCCGUCAAGGAUCUCCUAGCAAGGCGGCCAGAGUUUCUCCGUUCAACUAUGUCCCCAGUCCAAUGGCAGCCCCGCAGGAGGCCCAGAGCCAGGAGGCUGACCACAAGACUGAAAAUGAAAGUCAGUUUUAGGCCAUCGUGGCGAGUCCUGAACGUUAGUUAGCACCUGACUUUACGUCUCCUUCAGUCAGACCUUUUAAUUCCACAGUCCACUCCGUCCCAGCUCGAACAUACCGGAGGUCUCGAGCGGGGCCUCUUAUUCAGCCCUCGUGAACAUUUUCUACUUUUUCAUAUUCGCAGAACAGUCACGGCUUGCCCGAAUGUUCGUCAAGAUGUCGCAGAUGACUGCAGCGCGCGGACAGUCCGCAAGAAUUUGAACGGGUGGGGCCGAAUGCGUCCGACUCUUCUUGACAUCACUUUCAUAGCGUUUGGCGUGUCGCUGACGGGAUAGCGACACGCUAAACGGUACGGCUAAUAGCUCGCGCGCACACAGCCGUUCAGCAUUUGUCCGAUGAGCGCUCGAUUGACGGGAGUCGAUUACUGCAGCCUUUACGGUGUCGUCAGGUUUGUAAAUAAUGGUACGGUAUUUGCCGUUGCGUUGACCGACGGCAUCGUGAAGGGAUGAAACUUGCAAAAGUAAAAUGUUUCUGCGUCCAUUUCGCAACGCAGAGUCCUCAAAGCGCCACGGCUAGCGCAACUGCCUCACAGUCGUGAGGUGAACUGCGACCCCACCUCCGUGCAGUUGGCGUGUUCUCCCCGUGCCUGCGAGUCCUCCCGAUUUCCUCCCAAAGUAGGCUCAUUGAUGACCAAAUUUGCGUGGCCCGCAUGUGGGAAUGAGCGCAAAUCGCCGUCUGCUGUAAAUGUGCCCCGCGAUUGGCCGGCGACCACUCCAGGGCGUGGCCCGCCUGUCUCAGAAUCAGCCGGGAUAGGCAGCGGCACGCCAACAGCCGUGCGAGGAUAAGCGCAGUAGAAUGCGGAUGAAUAUAUACCGUAGGCGUAGUCCCCCUUUGCCCGGAGUCAGGCGGCCGGCGACCCUCGUGAGCAUAAGCGGCCGGGAAAACGGUCAGGUCCUUGAAGGACAUCAAGAAAAUGUCUUCCUCGUACAAGCCGAUCACGGACAGUUGGGAUGGUUUUUGUGUUGAACGCGUUGCACGCAUUUUAGCAUUAGCAGCAAGCUAACCAGAGAACAUUCACGCACCGGCGAGGCUCCUUUGAAGCGUUCCUUUCAUUCUUCAUUACUUGAAGUUGGUUUGCGAGCGUCGGCCCUCGUUGUGAAAAAGACCACAAAAAAAAAAAAAAAAAGUUGACGACGUGUUUUGUGCAUGUGAACGUGGCGGCGCAAGAAGUCGACGUGAUUAUGACCCGACAAAAAGUCCCGAAAGUCAAACCUGUCGCGGCCAAACGUGCGCGGAAGCGGGAAUCCUGUAUUCAGCUGUGACCCUUUUUUCUGUUUGGUGUAUUCCGCCAUUAAAGGAGACGUGUUUUACUGCUGACUCGGACUUUGCCGCUAUGUGAGAACCUCGUCGCCCGCAACCACAAGUGAACUUUUCGACAAGUCGAAGCGGCACCGUCGGGACGCUUCUUGCCGGCGAUUUCAAACGGUCG